AUGGAUGCUCAAAGUGUCCCGAUCAAAGUUCCCGGCGCGAAGACAGACGCAGGAAAACACGGCAAGAAUAGCGGCAGACACUCGCGAAGUUCGACCAAGGUUUUGAAAGAAUGGCUUGCCGCUCAUUCGGCUCAUCCGUAUCCCUCGGACCGAGAGAAAGAGGAAUUGAAAGAGCGUACGGGAUUAAACCUCAGGCAGAUAUCUUAUUGGUUUGUCAAUGCCCGUCGUCGCGGUGGGCUCAAAUCUUCCCAGGACUCGCCGAUGCCCAACGACGAGUCAUCGCUGGCAAUAUGGUCCUUCGGGGACAAUACUUCAAGCACUCAGAGUCAAGAAUGGGGUCACAUGAACCCCUUAGAUCGCUGGAGACACUCUCCGCCAGACGAAGAGCCGGUCUCCUUGGAUGCCAUUGCAGACGCCAUUACACGCACUGGCUAUGUGCCCGACUUCAACUCAACUUCUUUCCAGGACUGGACCGCACCUGCGAGCUGGAGUUAUGGCCCGAGUAUUCCCAUAGUAGGAUCAUCAAGCUCGCUAGGGUCUUCGGACCAGAGUCACUCCAGCAAUUCGUCUGCGCACUCGUAUGGCUCUGAUUCAUUCCUAAACAUCCGAGCCCAGGACACUCGUCGACGCCGACGCCGGAAGAACCACAAGUUUCGCAAUCCACUGAACGUGGCCAAAGACGAUGCUGAUCGCAUCUAUCAAUGCACUUUCUGCACCGACACUUUCAGAUCCAGAUAUGACUGGACACGACACGAAGGCACCCUUCACCUCGUUCUCGAGAAAUGGACCUGUUCACCCUACGGGCCGAGGUACUGCGGUCCCAACGGCGACGAAGCUCUCUGUGCCUUCUGCGGUGAAUUCAACCCCGCCAACGAACAUAUCCAGACGCACAGGUACCAAGAAUGUGCGGCGAAGCCGCAAAGCGCCCGCGUCUUCUAUCGCAAAGACCAUCUGCGUCAACACCUUCGCUUAGCCCAUCAAGUCAACGAGAUACUGCCAUCCAUGAAUGCUUGGAAGUCUAAGGUUACGAAGCUGAAGUCGCGAUGUGGGUUUUGUGGUGAAACCUUCACCGAGUGGUCUGCUCGCAACGAUCACAUUGUCGACCAUUACCGAGAAGGUGCUCUAAUGAAGGACUGGAAAGGUUGUCGGGGUCUCGAGCCAGCCGUUGCGUUACUCGUUCAAAAUGCCAUGCCGCCGUAUCUGAUCGGUGCCGAGGCCAACAACAUCGAACCUUUCAGUGCUUCACGCGGCGCCUCACGAUCACCCGAUGCGGACGCCAUCGGAUCAAGCAUGCCGUCGCAGUUCGAGUCCUUGACAGCUAAGCUUGGCGACUACGUCAAGACUGCGAUGAGAAAUGGAGAGUCUGUGACAGACGACUCGAUUCGAAGGGAAGCUCGAAUCAUCCUAUACUCCGAGGACGAUCCUUGGCAUCAGACGCCAGCAGACAAUCUAGAUUAUCUGAAGUUGUUCAAGGCUGGUUACGGCCUACCCUCGGACACAGAACCGGGAUCGUUUGCCCCAACAUUCUCUGCCGGAAACGAGUUAAUGGAUUUCACGAUCGACUCACUCAAUUCCACGGACUCGACGAUCAUGGCGCCGUUCACUUUUGAAAAUAUGCAGCAUGCAGCCACUUCAACUUCCGCCGCUGUUCCAUUGGAUUUAUAUGACGGUUCGCUGGAUGAGUUCUCUGUGAAUGGAUUGAAUGUUCCGUGGUUGUGGCAGACUCCAGAGUGUCUAGCUGAAUUCAGGCAGAUGAGCUGCAUGUCUUCAACGAACAUGCCUAGACUUGAGGACAACUGCACCUUGAAUGAUCCUUUCUUCGGAAUGCCAGCUUUGGAGCCUACCUUGGGACUAGAUGAAAAUGUUAAAUAA